CUUUCCUUCCUUUUCUUUUCGUUGAUCAACUCUUUUCUCCCUUUCGCCUCCUUCACACACGCACUCCGCAUUCCAUAUAUUCCCCAUGGGAGCUAUAAGAAAACGGACAUUCGUUGCUGCCACCCUUCUAUUCACCUAUGUUCUCAUAUUCUACAUUCUUCAUAGCUCGAUGAUGUUUUCCAAAGAGGACGACAAGGACAUCGUCCUUGAGCUGCAUCACAGCAACAACGACGAAGAUAGUCAGACGCCUGUUGUUCGUCCACAGCCACAGGGGACCGAAGAACAACCACAGCUACAAUCUGCUCCUCCAUCAAAUGAGCAGCAGCAACAAGAACAUAUUAGCGCUGAUGGUGAUCAAACAAAACAACAACAGUGCGACCCAAACGCAGUGAAUCAUAACGUAGAUCCCAAUCAUACGCAGGCCCAUCUGGCUUUCUGGCGCAGUCUCGAUAGUGACACCAUCGAUGCGUAUCGAGAGAACUGGAAAGACUUUAUGCUUAACGAGCUGCCAGCAAACCCCGAAUAUGAACAUAAACGAGGCAUCGUACUGGUUGCAGGCAACAGCGAUACAUUCGAGCGUGCACUAACAGCAGUAAAGAUGCUCCGUCGUUAUGACUGUCCGCUUCCCGUGGAAGUAUGGCAUCUUCAUGACGAGUCACCUUCUAAUGCAACGGUUCAGGCUUUAAAUGAACUAGGCGCUGUACCACACGACUUGUCCGGGCAAGCUUUACCUCGUCCCGUGCAACACCGCCGCAACGCAGAAAAACAAUUUCAGAUCAAAGCAGCUGCUGUCAUUAAUGCUCAUUUUGAGCAGGUGCUCUACCUGGACUCUGAUAAUAUACCAACGCGCGACCCUUCUUUUCUAUUCGAAACGAGUGCAUUUAAAGCAACAGGUGCAAUGUUCUGGCCUGACUUUUGGAAAACGCAUAUAGAAAAUAAGAUUUUUGAUAUCUUGAAUGUGCCCUGUAAUGAUGAAUGGGAACAGGAGUCUGGUCAAAUGGUACUCGACAAGGCCCGAUCCUGGUUGCCAUUACAACUGGCUUGGUACAUGCAGGAGCAUAGCGAUUUGUAUUUCCAGUUCCUGAACGGUGACAAGGAUACCUUCAAAUUUGCAUGGAAGGCACUUAGAGUACCUUAUUACAUGACAGAGACUUUCCUAGGCAUGGGUGGGUUGGAGCUGGAACAAUUCUGUGGUCACACCAUGCUGCAGUACUCAGACGAGGAUGAAACGCAUCCAUUGUUUGUGCAUGCAAACUUGAUGAAGAUCACUGACAAGGCCGGGUUUAUGGAAGGUAGUUUCGAGGAAGGUUUUCAUGAACGGCCAUGGAGGCAGAUUAAAAGAUAUGUUGAGAGCAGAAGAAAGACAAAUUUGUCACCGGCUUUCCAUAUCGCACCAGGUGGAAAGGCAUGCAUGAAUUUCGUUUCCAGGUUCGGUGAACCAGACAUGGUGGUCGAAGAGUUUGAUGAUGUUUUGGAUGGUUUCCAAAACGCUUAUUUUGAACUCGGUGGAAUCGGUGGCGAACGCAUGGAUAAAACAAAAAUCGAGGCUGCCACUACUAGUCGUACUGCAUUUAUCUUAUAGUUGCGUGUACUUGUAUAUAUAUUCUUAUUCAUUUUUUGCCAGUAG